CGGUGACAGGUUCGGCCCAAGCUGGCGCACACAGCCAGCGGAGGUGUGGGGAGGAGAGGAGGGGUGUAAUCUGCACACUUGUCACAGAUAUCCCGUCCGCUUCUCUGCAGCGGAAGAAGCAGCACCCCCACACCUCUGUCGACUUUGCCUCCUUUGUCGCUUUCUGACUCUUCUUCCUGCGGCAGGUAGCUAGUCAUCUCUACUGUGCCACUCGAUUGUACUGGCAGCCGUCAACUAAACACUUGACUGAGGGAGAAGAAAGAUGGCUGCUAUGGCAGCAGCAGCAGCAACCAGCAGUGCUGGUUUGGGAGCAGCAACAUGUCAAGCGUCGCUUUUGCAGCCGGCCAACGGAAGAGGAAGGAGCUGGCGUCAAAGGCGGGCAUUCUGCUCGUGGUCUGCUGCCGGCAGCCCCCUGGGAGGGAGAUGCAGUAGUAGAAGGGAUAGCAACGAACUCUUCUCCACCUGCAGCAGCAAGCACAGGGCGGUUUCACUGUCAUCCUCCUCUUCUUCUUCAUCUUCGAUUUUGUCUGAAGGGACGGUCUGGAGAGCACUGGCAAUGGCGGCGGGAAAGAAGGGGAAAGGGGGAAACCCCUGGAGGAGGAGCAGGCACGUGUGUAUCGUAUUGGCUGCUGCCACCGUUGACAAGUCAACAGCACCCACCCAUGCUGCUGCUGCUGCAUCAAACAGCGGGGGGGACAAGCCACGUGUCAUGGUCAUCGGCGGGGAUGGCUACUGCGGAUGGGCUACGUCUCUUCACUUAUCUAAUAGGGGGUACGAAGUGGCUAUAGUUGACAGUCUGGUGCGUCGGCUAUUUGACGAACAACUGGGCACAGAUACCCUGACCCCUAUCUCUUCUGUCCACAAGCGAGUCGCCAAGUGGAAAGAACUGACUGGGAAACAGCUGGGUUUGUACUUGGGGGACGUUUGUGAUUUCGAAUUCUUGGCUGAUGCGUUUGAGAAGUUUCAGCCUGAUGCUGUUGUGCAUUUCGGUGAGCAGCGUUCGGCUCCCUACUCCAUGAUCGACCGCUCUCGUGCUGUGUACACACAGCAAAACAAUGUCUGUGGCACGCUCAACGUGAUGUUCGCGAUCAAGGAGUUUGCCCCCUCCUGCCACCUUGUCAAGCUGGGAACCAUGGGGGAGUACGGCACCCCAAAUAUAGACAUCGAAGAGGGGUACAUUAAGAUCGAACAUAAUGGUCGAUCAGACGUUCUGCCCUUUCCCAAGCAAGCGGGGUCGUUCUACCACCUCAGUAAGGUUCACGACUCGCACAAUAUCGCCUUUGCAUGUAGGGCGUGGGGACUGCGCGCCACAGACCUUAAUCAGGGUGUUGUCUAUGGAGUUCGCACGGAGGAGACGGCUAUGGAUGAGAUGCUGAUCAAUCGCUUCGACUAUGAUGGCGUUUGGGGAACAGCGUUGAACAGGUUCUGUGUGCAAGCUGCUGUGGGACAUCCGCUCACUGUGUACGGGAAGGGAGGUCAGACAAGGGGGUACCUUGACAUCAGAGACACAGUGCAGUGCGUGGAGCUAGCCAUAGCCACCCCGGCAAAGGAGGGAGAAAUGAGAGUGUUCAACCAGUUUACGGAGCUGUUCAGUGUCAGAGAUCUGGCCAGACUUGUCACAGAGGCAGGGGAGAAACUUGGGCUGUCUGUGGUCACGAAGAAUGUACCCAAUCCCAGAGUGGAAGCAGAGGAGCAUUACUACAAUCCUACGCACACGAAGCUGAUCGACCUUGGGCUCAAGCCUCAUUUGAUGUCGCAGUCGCUGCUCGAUUCUUUGCUCAACUUCACCCUUCAGUAUAAGGAUAGAGUAGACUACAAGCAGAUCAUGCCAGCUGUCUCGUGGAAGAAGGUGGGUGUGAAGCCCAUAACGGUCGCGGAGAGCACGGUAUCUGUCACCUCAGCUGUCUAACUUUCAGCUCGGAAUGACAACGCAUUGUUGUGUGCAAUCAGUUGACUUAUACGACGCCAUUCUGUUCUUUUUUCCUACCCAUAACAUAGCAUAUCCGUCAACCUCUUGCUGCUGUUCCCUUUGUGCCUUGCAUAUAACUUCCUUUGAGACGUGAGGGGAAAAAGAUGAUUUCUCCUUACUUCGCCGCAUAGAUAACGAGAGA